UUCCUCCGGCAGCCUCUGUCCGCCCCGACACAGCCUCGACGCUUCUCCCCGGCGGCGGGUGCUGUGUCCCCUCGGCACCCCGACGCCGCCGGGAGCCAGAACAACCUGACCGCCCCACCUCCAGGCGGCGGCAGCGGCGGCCCCAGCCCCGUCCCGCCGAGCCCGGGCGGCGCCCGGGCUGGGGGCCGGGACCAUGCACCCAGCGCGGCGCUGAGCCCCGCGGCAGCCAAGCGGAGCCCUCUCCUGCCGGCAGCUCCCGACCUGCGUGCGAGCGGGGCCGCGCCCGCCGCCGCCGCCCAUGACCCUGCGCUCAGCCGAGUCCCUGGAGAGCGCGGAGAGCUCCGGGGAGCGCUGGGGGCGCCCCGGGGCGGCGGCGCCCGUUGCCGAGGAGUGCCGUGAGGCGGAGCAGCUGGCCGCUGCUAUGGAGGAGCUGCGGCGGGCAGGAUGGUACUGGGGCAACAUGACUGUUGCUGAAGCCAAAGAAAGGUUACAGGAUGCCCCUGAAGGGACCUUUUUGGUUAGGGAUAGUUCGCACUCAGAGUAUCUACUGACUAUAUCAGUAAAAACGUCAGCGGGACCGACCAACCUACGUAUAGAAUAUCAAGAUGGCAAGUUUAGACUGGACUCUAUCACUUGUGUCAGAUCUAGACUUAAACAGUUCAACAGCGUUGUGCAUUUGAUUGAGUACUAUGUUCUUAUGUGCAAGGAUAGAACUGAAACACCUUCAAAUGGAACAGUUCAUCUUUACUUGAACAAACCCCUCUAUACAUCUGCUCCAUCUCUGCAACACCGCUGCAGAAUAGCUAUAAACAAGAGCACAAAUCAGAUCUGGGAGCUGCCAUUACCAACAAGACUAAAAGAGUACUUGAAAGAGUAUCAAUACCAGGUAUAAAUAUAUUUUCUAAAUGCCUCUAACACAGAGUAACUUUUGAAUGCAAUUCUUAAAAUCAGCCAAAGAACUGAGUAACCAGUUGUACAACU